AUGGGUCAAAAUACACUAUCCACAGAGGAGAAGCUUAACCUCAUUACGAGGAGGCAAUCAUUCCUGGAAGCUGCCGAUGCAGAAUCUCUGAAACGGUUGCUGGAAGAAAAGCCCAAGCUCAAGUUGGCAUGGGAAACCACACCUACAGGCAAGCCUCAUGUUGGGUACCUCGUGCCAAUUGCGAAGCUGCUUGACUUCCUCAGAGCUGGCCUUGAUGUGACUGUGUACUACCUUGAUGUUUACGGUUUUCUUGUGAAUUACAUACAUUCCAUGGAGACAGUGGCAUAUCGACAACAAUAUUACCACUUCCUGAUCACUGCUAUCCUGAAGACGCUUGGUGUAUCACCAUCCCAGAUAAACUUUGUGGCGGAGUCCAGCAUUGCCUAUGAAAAGGACUUUGUGGUUGAUGUCCAAAGGCUCUGCGCCAUAAUGACGCAAAAUGAUGCGCGAGACACCUCAAACGAAGUAGCAGAGACAGAAAAAAUAAGCCCCCUGCUCUGCUCCAUCCACCAGUCGCUCUCGGAGCCGUAUCUAGAUCUGGACAUACAAUAUGGUGGCGAGGAUCAGACGGGCCUCUUCAAGCACGCAAAUAAGUUCAUCCCUAUGCUCGGGUACCGCCACCGGGAGCAUCUGAUGAAUACCAUGCCGGCGGAGACGAAGAUCGAGUUUCUGGACGGCCCCGAGACAGUUCGCGACAAGAUAUUCCGGGCAGCGUGUCCCGGACGACAAGUGACUGGAAACGGAGUCCUAGGGCUGCUUCGAGACGUUUUGAUUCCCAUCAGUGAGCAGCGCGUGGAGAGAUUGCUAGGAAAGACAGGCUUGAACGUACACGAGAACAACGGUUCCGAACUGGACCAGCACCCUUUCUGUAGCCCAGGGUCGCCGACCGGCACGCUUUUCACCACCUACGAUGAGAAUGGAGAGGAGCAGAACUUUGCCUCGUAUGAGGCCAUCGAAGCGACGUUCGUCACAGGCCAGCUACAGCCAGAAGAUUUGAGCAGGGCUGUGGCAGAUUCCUUCAACGUUCUAUUAGCUCCAAUCCGAGCCAUGUAUACGGAGAGCGCAGAAUGGCAAAAGUUGGAUAAAUUGGCCUAUGCUUAG